UAGACUCUAAAGAGAGUACUGUUAUUAUGUGAACAAGUGUAUACUGCAACCUUUACAGUUGACUAAGAAAGAUCAGUUAGGAUUAAAUGCUUUUACUAUUUCCACCUCUCAAAAUAAAGUACACAGCUUGAUCUUCAUCAUCUCAAUCUUCAAUCUCAAAUUCUCAAUCUCAUCGUUAUCCCACAAUCAAUCAAUAAUAAUAGUCCAACAAAGGGAUCACCCCAAAAAAGAAAAAGGGUAGUUUCCAGAGCAAGAAUUGUGAAUGUCAUAUGUCAUCUCUUCCUCCCCACCCCCCACACACACACACACACACACACACACACACACACACAAAAGAAGAUGCACGAACGGUGGCGGUGUGAAUAAAGAAGGGUUAAUGUGAAUGGAAUCCAAUGAGAAAGACAGAAAAAAAAAGGAGUUUUUUUUUUUUUUUUGGUGUUCUGGUCCCUGAAAAGAGUAAUGGGUUCUUGCUGUAACGAAGCCAUUCGUCAAAUAUAAAACCGCAGAGGAAAAGCCCACCUGGGAAAUGAAGGGGAUUGGUGGAUUCAGGUUUCCUCAUCAGAAAGAAGCCAAUUCUGCUUCUGCUGCUGCUGUCUUUGAUGUUAUCCACAACAAUUACCACAGCAGCCAGCAAGCAUGCAGUCAGCCCCCCUUCUCUUUCUCCUUUUUCCCCCCAAUUGUUUAUUCUGUGCUUCAAUUAUUAUUCUUUGUUAGUGUGUUUUUUUUUUUUGUGAAUAAUGUUUUCAUGUUUAUCCUCAUUUCUCUUCCUUAUGAAUCAUGAUAUCAUCAAGGUGCAUUCUUUAGUAUUUGUGUGAUUCAAUUGUUUAGUAUUUGAGUGGUUCCAAUUGUUUUCCUUCUUUAAUCUUUUCAUUGUCACAUGGUAUAAUUUUGCAAUUAGUCUACAUUUGGCCUUUCUACUAAAAGGGUUUAUUGUUAUUUGGAUAGUUGUUGGAUAAUUAAGCUCCUAGAACCCCUUUAAUGGGCAAUGUCACCUAAAUUAAUCCAUACAGUGUAAAUGAGGAUCAGUGUUAAUUUGCAAUUUGAUACUUUUGAGGAGCAGAAUUUAAGGACAUGAAAGUGUAAUUGGUCUGAAUCCUAUACAACAUAGGACAACUGGCUGUGAAUCCAAAAUAAAUGUGCACUUGCUCAUCAUACAGUUAUGGAGGAAGCUUACCGUAUUAGUGUUAGGAUCAACUGGUAUCAAAACAUAACAGUUGAAUUCAUACUAGAAGAUUGAAAAUAGUUUACAACUUGUUAAAUCAUUGACUGUGACUCUGAGCAUUGUAGCAGUGUUGCAUUGUCAAGAACUUUGUAUGUUAAGAUUCACAGCCUCCUGAAAACCACUAAUAAUCGAGUGGUUGAAGAAAUUGAUUAAAUUAUCUAAUCUUGCACGAAGCUUUCAUUAACACUGUCUUUCUAUGUUCUGUGUUAUUUUCCCCCAGUCUUUUUCUUUGCCUUUUUCAUUAGGCCCGUUCUAAUGGUUUUACAGGAUCUACAUUAUUUGCAAUUUUUUUUUUUUUUUUUUUGUAAUAACAUUAUUUGUAAUUAACGAGAUACAUGUAAGGUGAAACUUGAAUAGCUUUGAAAAGGUUCAAUAAGAAAGGAUACAGGCUCCUUAAUUGUUCAACUAGAAGUUCUUUUUGGGGAAAUGGCAUGACCAAUAGCCAUCCUAAACGGCUAGAUUUGCAGUAAUUUACUAGUGUUCUGUCUUUGAACCAUUCAGACAGAAGAAUUAAGUUAGGAAGCCUUUGGUUGAAUAAGAUGUAAGUUUGGUGCUACAGUACUUCCCAUAAAAAGGCCUGAUUGAUUGGACAUUGCCAAGUGGUAGAGGGUUGCAGUUUGCAGCAUCAACCGCAACUUUGAGCAAUAGCAAGUUAGUAACCUGCUAUAAUUUGGUAGAGGCAGGAAGCAUCCCUUUAUUUCAUGUCUCAUCAACUAAUUAUUUCUGCAUCAAUGAGAAGAUGUUUCCAGCCAGCAGCAACUGAGAACAUUAUUAGCAUUGGAUUAGAUUUUGGUCAGUUGCACUGUAAAAAUUUACUUGAUGCUUCCCAAGUGCACAACAAGAUAGAACUUGUUCAAACUGUAUCAGAUUACUGAAUUAUUGGAUUCAUUGAUUAGUAAUUAUUUUGGAUGAAUAAGUAACUAUUGCUGAGGAGUACUGGUAUCUUCCAAGUUGUUUAGCUGAUAUGCAUACAUUUUUUUUUAAACGAUCUAUUGCUGACAUAACAUUCUGCUAGAUGGUUUCAGAAGCCAUGCCACUGCCACGUCCUAUUAGUAUUGCAAAAUUUAUGUAUUUGAAGAAGUCAUAGCAAAAAAUGAAAGAAAGGGGUGAUGGUAUGGAGCCUUUCUGUCCUUAAUAGGCAGUACUUUUAUACGUGACCUUACAAAAAGGUCCAAGUUCUCUGUUUUAUCAACAGACUAAUAAUUCUGAAGAAAUUGAAUGGAAAAGAUCAAUUUUCAAUGCUUAUUUUAUUUCUUUUGUAUUCUUUAUUGGACUAAUAAUCAUCAACAUACUUCUUUAUUCAACCAGAAGGUUGCAACAGUAAUGAAGAUUCUCCUGUCAGUUUCUAUGGCUUUCUUGGUGACACCCUCAGAAUCUGGUCCCAUUUGUAUGAGCUCGCAAACAAAUAGGAAAAACCCUUUAGAUAAGCUCUGUCUGAGAAUGAGUUACUCAAUCAUUUGUGGUGUAAUUUGUUCAUUUAAAUAUGCUUUUGGCUGAUUUUAUCUGUUAGGGAAGGAUGUAUUGUGCUUAAUCUUAUUUCUCUCAAGUCUUUAACCAUAAAUUUUACCAUCCUCACUGAAGAAUAUGAUGGCUUCUGUUGGAAUAAACUUCACAGUUUUCUGCUAGGAUACAUCUGUGGGAUCACAAGAAAGUAUGAAACCUUCUUAGGUAACCAAUGUAGCUUUGACUUGAUGGGAAAGAUAAUUUCCAGAACAGAAUAACUGCAUUGGCAAGACUACUGGUUUAGGAGAGCUAAGCAAUGAUGAUUAUUCACCAAAACUUGGAGAAAAUUUACGCUGUUUACGUAAGAUAGUAUAGUCUAAAAUUUUAAUUUUACAGAUAGAACAAAUAGGUUGAAAUGAUCUCACUAAUCACAACCGAAUCAGCAUGUAGCUUAUAUUAAUAGAUAUGGUCUAUAUAAAAUUAAGAUAGAGGUCAUAUACUCCCUCUGUCUUAAAAUUAUUGUCCAGUUUAAGAUUUCACUUUUAGUACAAUUUGAACUAAAAAUGAAAACUCAAACUGGAUAAUAAUUAUAGGACGGAGGGAGUACGAUUAUAUAGUUGGUUUGACAAUUUGGUAUUUUAGUUUGAUGAGGUAGGCAAAUAUUGCUGUGAUGGGUAGAGAUGGUUAAAAUAAGAUUUAGUCAGUUGCCGAAAUCUAUCAAGUGGAUAGAGGUCAGAACAAAUGUAGAAGAAUUCCAGCUUUGCUGAUAGGAUUAAAAUAAGGAGGGGAAGAAACCAUGGAUUAUACUAGUAAAUUUGAUGAGGAAUGUGAGUGCUUCUAUUACAUAAGUUAUCUGUAUAACUAACCAAUUUAAGGCUAAAUAAUUAGAAAAAAAAAAAAUUGAAACAACCUUGUAGUUUGCCUAAAGAGAGAAAAUUCCAAAAAUAUUUAAAACCCCUAGGCUGUCUCCAGCAGCUAUUUAUAAUAGCCAUGAGGACUUCUGCUCUCUGCAUUCUGUACUUUGCCUUUCAGAAAGUGUAAAAGAGCAUGAAGUUUCAAACAACCGCCCUCCUUUCUAGAUUCCACCACCUCUUCAUUUCCAUCUAACAUAAAAGUCCCUGGAAAACCCAGAAAACCAAAGAAAGAGAAAAGAGAGAGAGAGAUGAGGGGAAAAUCUUCAUCAAAGCAAGGAAGUGGUAAAGUAGGAGGAUUGGAUGUGGACAAUAGUAAACUUGAUAAUAAACAACAGAAAGAAGAGCCUCAUCUCUCUGGUGCUUACAUUCGCAGCCUUGUGAAACAACUAACCUCCACACGAACCAAAGAUCCACUCAACUCCAAAGGCCAUCAAUGCUUAGAUGGCGGAGAUGGGAUUUCUGGCCAGCAUACCAACAAAAACGGUGAUGGUUUUUGUGAUCAGACACAGCAAUCUCAGCCAAAUGAACAGCCUCCACAGCAUAAAAAACAGGUGAGGAGGAGACUCCACACCAGCAGGCCUUACCAAGAGAGGCUUCUAAAUAUGGCUGAGGCUAGAAGGGAAAUUGUCACAGCACUCAAGUGUCAUAGAGCUGCAAUGAAACAACAGCAGCAGCAACAGCAACACCACCACCACCACAAAGAAACUGAAUUGCAGCAGCAACCACCCCUGCAGCCAAUUCAACAACUAGCUCCAGAACAAGAAGGGAAAGCAAAAUCUAGGAGGAAUCCUAGAAUUUAUGCAUCCCAGAUUCCCAACAAUUUCACAAAUUAUGUAGACAAUAGUCCAUGUUCUGCCUUUGUUUGUCCUCCAAAUAAUCAUCCUAGCCCUUAUCCUUGGUCUCUGCCUCCAGUUGCUCCACCCCUUCUGCCAGAAAAUCUCAAUUUUGCUCUUCCAAAUCAAACAUUAGGCUUGAAUCUCAAUCUUCAAGAUUUCAACAAAUUAGACAGCUGCUUUUACCAAACUAUGAGUAACCCAUCAAACUUCUCAGCAACCUCAUCUUCAUCAACUAGUUCAUCACCCCCUCUAUCUGCUGAGGUCCCCUGCAAUGAUGCAGUAAUAUCACAAGAGGUGGUUCCUCCAUUAAUUUCUGCUAAUGCUGAAUCAAGCAUGAUGAAUUAUGGAGAUUCAGAUUUGCAUCACGCAGUGGAUGAUAAGGAGAUGGCGGAGAUUAGAUCAAUUGGGGAGCAGCAUCAAAUGGAAUGGAAUGAUACUUUGAAUUUGGUUACUUCAGCAUGCUGGUUCAAGUUCUUGAAGGCUAUGGAAAUUGAUCCUGAGGAAAAGGCUGAGGAGUUUGGGCAUCACCCAUUUGAUGAAGUCAUGGAAUUCCCAUCUUGGUUGAAUGCAAAUGAGAGUUGCUUGGAGCAACAUUUGAGUGAUUAUUGCACUGAUGAUUACAUGCAAGAUCCUGCCUUGCCAUGUAUGGAGAUUGAGGAAAUUGAAGGGAUGGAUGGGGAAUGGUUGUCCUGAAGAAAAGAAAAGAUUGAUUGGUUUUUGUUAUAAUCAAAUCUUUGGCAAUUCUUUUAAUUUUAUGCAGCAUUCUUAAUUACUCCUCCUCAUCCGGCACCCAAUCCAUCACCAAAACAAAGGGUAAAAAAGAUAAAAGGAAAGACUCUGAAGAGAAGAAAGGAGGCAGUACAAACAUACUUUGUUUUUCUCUUCUUUAAAAUUUUUGAUUUCUCUUUUCCUAUUUUUCUCCAUAAUAAGAUUUGCCCGGAGGAUGUAAUCAUUGUAACGUGGACAAACUAUAUAAUAAAACAGAGAUGGAAGAUUUAUUUAUUUGUUAAUCUUCCUCUCUCUCUUUUUUUUUUCUAUCAUACAUAUAUGUAUUACUCCCUCCGUCCCAUAAUUAUUGUCCAGUUUGAGUUUUAUUUUUAGUUCAAAUUGUACUAAAAUUAAAAUUUCAAAGUGGACAAUAAUUUUGGGACAGAGGGAGUAUAUUUUUUUUAUAUAGAAAAAAUGAGGAUUGUCAUAAUUUGAUUUGAGAAAAUGCAAAGAACAUAGAAGCGGAUCAAGUUUUUGGUGACACAAAAUAAAGUCUACAAUCGGGCUCUCAUAUAUUUUUUGCCCAUCAUUGAUGGUCAUUUUGAUGAUGAUUUGUCCAUAUCAUUGAUAAGAUAUCAAGGUAAGCCCAAUAGCUUACAGCCCAAUGAUUAUAUGCA